ACCGCCGUCUCCUCUCCCACAGGUCUGUCAUGCGUGUCUAGUGGCAUGACCAGUGGCAUGUCCAGUACCGGAGCCACGAGUCCCGGACCACAUGGACACAGUGUCAACCCCUACGUGUUCAUGGACAAGCUCGCAAAGAUCAUUGGUGUUGACACCCCACAUUCUUCGUGAUUAACGUGGAUACCUGUCACUAUAGCAAUGACCCUAACCAUAGCUGUCACUAUGGCAUUGACCCUAACCAUAGCUGUCACUAUGGCAAUGACCCUAACCAUAGCUGUCACUAUGGCAAUGACCAUAACCAUAGUUGUUAGCCUGUCAUUAUGGCAAUGACCCUAAUCGUAGCUGUCACUAUGGCAAUGACCCUAACCAUAGCUGUCACUAUGGCAAUGACCCUAACCAUAGCUGUCACUAUGGCAAUGACCCUAACCAUAGCUGUCACUAUGGCAAUGACCCUAAUCAUAACUGUCACUAUGGCAUUGACCCUAACCAUAGCUGUCACUAUUGAAAUGACACUACAGAUAGCUGUCACUAUUGAAAUGACACUACAGAUAGCUGUCACUAUUGUAAUGACACUACAGAUAGCUGUCACUAUUGAAAUGACACUACAGAUAGCUGUCACUAUUGAAAUGACACUACAGAUAGCUGUCACUAUUGUAAUGACACUACAGAUAGCUGUCACUAUUGAAAUGACCCUAAUCAUAACUGUCACUAUGGCAAUGACCCUAACCAUAGCUGUCACUAUUGUAAUGACACUACAGAUAGCUGUCACUAUUGAAAUGACCCUAAAGAUAGCUGUCACUAUUGUAAUGACACUACAGAUAGCUGUCACUAUUGUAAUGACACUACAGAUAGCUGUCACUAUUGUAAUGACACUACAGAUAGCUGUCACUAUGGAAAUGACCUUGAACAUAGCUGUCACUAUGGCAAUGACCACAACCAUAGCUGUCACUAUGGCAAUGACCCUAACCAUAGCUGUCACUAUGGCAAUGACCCUAACUAUAGAUGUCACUAUGGCAAUGACCCUAAUCAUAGCUGUCACUAUUGAAAUGACCCUAACCAUAGCUGUCAAUAUUGAAAUGACACUACAGAUAGCUGUCACUAUUGAAAUGACACUACAGAUAGCUGUCACUAUUGAAAUGACACUACAGAUAGCUGUCACUAUUGUAAUGACACUACAGAUAGCUGUCACUAUUGUAAUGACACUACAGAUAGCUGUCACUAUUGUAAUGACACUACAGAUAGCUGUCACUAUUGUAAUGACACUACAGAUAGCUGUCACUAUGGAAAUGACCUUGACCAUAGCUGUCACUAUGGCAAUGACCCUAACCAUAGCUGUCACUAUGGCACUGACCCUAACCAUAGCUGUCACUAUGGCAAUGACCCUAACCAUAGAUGUCACUAUGGCAAUUACCUUAAUCAUAGCUGUCACUAUUGAAAUGACCCUAACCAUAGCUGUCACUAUUGAAAUGACACUACAGAUAGCUGUCACUAUUGAAACGACCCUACAGAUAGCUGUCACAAGAGAUCACGUUAAACGUAGCUACUGUUAGUAUAGUGUCUACCGCAUAGGUAUUUGUCAUUUAUCGUCAGCCAUGAAUAUCUACUGUAGCAUUAUAGUUCGACCAAUGCACAGACUGACCGCUAGAAUUUAGUGACGAUGUUGUUGUUGUUGUUGUUGUUGUGAAACGUUGAAUCAACACACAGAGAGACUAACGAGUCUAAUGCGCUCACUAUGUCACUAUUGCAUGACCUAAGCUUUAGUGUUAGGAGACACGGGUCAGUUAGUCAGAUACAUAUACGGUAACUCUACGAUAUAUAUGAUUAGUGACCAUUAUUUUCAUGUGCGAAAGGUUAUGUCUAAAACCAAUAUCACGUACUAAAAUGUUUUUGACAACGACACCCUGAAUCGUUAUUAUUAUCAGGAUGAAUGUGUAAUUUGUUUUAAUUCGCUCCUUUUAUCGUUCAAGCCAUGUGAUAAAGCUUCGUGGCGUGGUAGGGAGUGAGAGACCAUGGAUGAGGAUGAAAUUUUAAUCUGUUGCUGAUUUCACAAUUUAUGUUAGUGUCAAAUGCGUUCAUGUGAAGAGUGUACUACUGGUGUACUGCGAAAGGUCUUCAGCAUCUUCAGCGAUGGCCUUGUAGAUGUAAAAGUAUAUUUCUAAAUUUGCAUAACCCAUUUUUGUCUGCUACUUGUAAUUAUAUGAAUUGUAUUAUGUUUAUUGGGCAGCUGAUCUUCGCAAAAUUAGCUAUCAGUUUUCCAGGUGGCAUUGAAUGAAAUCGACCUUGUGCCAAGUAAUGCUUUGAUAGUGUUUUGUUUUGCUCCAAUUUACUGCAAUUAAUUCAAGUGUUAACUAAUGUAAAUGUGUAUAUUACACUACAUCGUUAUAGACAAGUGCAGAUACUAUGCUGUAUUUUACUGAAUAUUGACCACUGUAUGUCAAUUUGUUAUUUCGUGAAGUUAAAAAAUACAUGCUUUGAUAAAGCAA